AUGGAGGCUGUAAAUCCAGGAUCUAGUGCUCUCCCGACACGUCCCAAGGACUUGGACUCGACCUCUAGCGCAUUGCAAAAUGGAUCAAACGCUCACAUUAUUGGCAUCACGGCCGAUGAGAGAGGCACGGGGAAACUACCUUCGCCAAUAACAUCGCCACCAUACUGGGUUCAGUCUCACCAGCGCUCGUUCUCCAACAUAUCUGUCGAGUCGUUUUCAAAUGGCGGUAUCACUCUUCAAGACAACACAGAUGGUACCGACUCCAAGAACGAAGCGUGUUGGGCCAAAAGCGUCCAUAUUGAAGGCUAUGUAAUAGUGAAUGCCAGUCGAACAAAUAUCGGAGCUUUUGUGGUGUGGAAUAUAAUGGUAGAAACAUUACGGGGCGGCGUCAUGCGCGUCCGAAAGAGAUAUUCCGAGUUUGAUGAUUUACGGCAUAAACUCAUUCAAACGUUUCCUUACUCAGAAGGUGCUCUACCGCCUAUACCGCCAAAGAGCGUGAUCUCUAAAUUCCGGCCUCAGUUCCUAGAGCAUAGGAGAGCUGGGCUGCAAUACUUCUUGAAUAUCAAGAUUGGCCAAAUAUUAGAAGGGAAACUUGCAAACUACCUCGUUUCAGCGUCCAUCGCUAGAAAUGUCUGGACCGCCACCCCAUCCAAGUCACAAAAUCAAAAGGCCGUCAUCAAGGUAGCACCAUUAUAUCGUUUGAAUAAUGAGCGGAAUGUACUGCAACAUUUCCGUGGAAAGCCACACAUCCGUCAAUUACUAGACGUGACUGAAGACCCGCCAUCCAUGGUCUUGAAGCAUCUCGACGAUAACCUACUAUCGGUAUCUUCCUCUAAAGCAUUAGAAGGCAUGGACGUGAAGUUUGUAGCCAAAAGGGUACUCGAGGCACUCCAAGCUUUACACGAAGACGGAUAUACGCACACGGGUAAUCCCGAUGCUGAGAAAAAAUUCAGGGAUAAAAUUAAUCGGUCAAUAGAUAUAAAGCCAGACAAUAUAUUAGUGAAUCUUAGUAAAGGGCCUCUCCGAUUUUCCGAUGUAGAAUUAGCAGAUCUAGGAGAUGUAUGUCGCAUCGCACCUGAGGAAUAUCUGAGAAUUGGAGAAUCUGGUCCUCAUAUGGGUGCAGCCAUUUUCAGAAGCCCAGAGGCGAUGCUCCACCUCCGUUGGGGACCCUCUACUGAUAUUUGGUCUUUUGGCGCUACUCUCAUCAGUCUUAUUUGGGGCCUCCAUUACCACAUUUUCAAGCCAGACCCAAAACAUGCAGGCUUCGACGACGAUGAUUUUUUGAUCCAUAUUCUGAUUCGGCAGCUUGCUACUUUUGGGCCGGUACCUGCUUCUUACGCAACUCUUAUUGCAGAUGAUGAUGAUUCCCGAUGGGACGUACUGGGCAAUGCUAUUCAAUUUAUUCAGGAAUAUAAUAUGAUUAAACCAUUCGCCUUGGCGAAGGAUAAGUGCUUGACCGAAGAGGACAAAGAGUUGUUCCUUAAGGUGAUGAAAAUAGAUCCAAGAGAUAGGCCGACAGCGGGGGAGUUGUUGAGGGAUCAGUGGUUUGAGGGAGUGCCAUGA